AUGGCCCCGAGCCUUGCCCUCCCCGUAGCCGCGCCCAGGUCCUCGUCGCCCUGGGUCGCCGCUAUCAAACGAUCCGCACCGCAUGCCGUCCGUCUCACCGCUUCGGCCGCCCUCGUCCGCCGCGACCUCACCGUCAAUGACACGCAAAAGGUGACGCUGGGCGUCAUCGCAGCCUACGUCGUGGCCAUCGCCCUCCUCUGGAACAUCCCCAAAAUCCGUGUUGUGCUUUGGCCCUUCAAGAUGCUCGUCAUCGCCUUUCACGAGUUCGGCCACGCCCUGGCCUGCGUCCUCACCGGGGGCCGCGUCAAGAGCAUCGAGCUGGACCCGCACGAGGGCGGCGUCACCCACAUGCUCGGCGGCAAGAGCGCCAUCACCCUGCCCUCGGGCUACCUGGGCUCGUCGCUGAUCGGCGCCCUGCUCAUGUUCUGCGGCUUCAACAUUGUCGCGAGCAAGGUUGCCAGCAUCGUCGUCGGCGUCACCUUCAUCCUCACGCUCUGGUGGGGCCGUAGGGACUGGCUGACCAUCCUGACUAUUUUGCUCGCCAUGGGCCUGCUGAUCGGUUGCUGGUUCAUCGCCCAUGCCGAAGCGUUGCGAUACGUUGUGCUCUUCAUCGGCGUCAUGUCGUCUCUCUACAGCGUCUGGGAUAUCUGCGACGACCUCAUCCUGCGCAAAGUCAACAGCUCCGACGCCAGCGUCUUCGCCAAGCGGUACGGCGGCUCCUCGCAUUGCUGGGGAAUCUUGUGGUCUAUUGUCGCCGUGAUUUUUAUGGUGGCUGCUAUCGUCGCUGCCAUUGCCGCGUUUCCCCAGACUGCGGAGCAGCAAAGGACCGACUCGUCCAACUUUAUCUCAACCAAAUUUUGA